GAUGCGUCUCUAAAAGAUCAACAAGGACACUGCAUUUCUAGAAGAAUCUGUUCUGGAGUCUGUAAUGGUCCCAAAACAUCUCAGCUGCGUGAUGGAGAGGCGCGCAGGAGGAGCGUCAUGACGCUGCGCGCUCUCUGAGGUGUUCUGAAGGUUCUGUUGCGUCGCGUCCCGCACACACCCCGCGUGCCCUGGUGCAGCAGCACGGAUCUACUGCGGUUCUGCCGGUCUGGUCCACACGCCUCAGUUCUCCACGCAGUGGAACAAGUUCUCCAUGCGAGGAACCGCAGCGGAGCGGUCCGACCUUCAGACCUUUCAAACGUGCAGAAACGUUGAUUUUUUCAUUGGGAUGAUUUGGAUUCUGGAUUUUGACGUUAUUCGUGUUCUGCAAAGUUAGGAGUUUGUUGUUGUUGUUUGGUGUGUUUUUUUCCCAUUCUUAAUUUUCGAUGCAAUGAGCGGAAAGCGCGAGGCGGAAACCUCGAGCGUGCGUUGAGCGCGGGACUCCAAUCAACACCGCUAAUGGAGACGUGAUGCAGACGUGAGGCUGAUGCUCUGAACCGGAGGGUUGGAGAAACGUUAAGCAAGCGUCACCUUCCAUAUACCGGCGUGUGUGUGCGUGCGCGCGUGUGUGUGUGUGUUUGUGCUUGCACCGGGAAUCUGGGGAAAUCGAGGUGCGCGUGCAGCAUGCGUUCCGCGCGCGCGCUCACCGCAUCUACCGGCGCGGUUCGCGGAGACGUCACCGCAUCAUCGUUUCAGCUCAGGGUUUGGUGAACCGCACAAGCUCGGGAAUAAUGGUGAGAAGAUGCCUGCUGAGCAUCAAACCGUUCAGGAUCUUUGUGUUGGGGAUCGGCUUCUUCAGCCUGUGCUUCUUAAUGACCUCUUUGGGAGGCCAGUUCUCGGCCAAACGUCUCACCGACUCUCCCUUCACCGCCCGCACAGAAGUGUUUGGAGGUGUGGAGUCCCGUGGUGUCCUGAGGAAAAUCAGCGACAUGUUGGAGGUCAUCAUGAAGAAGAUGGACACACUGUCGAAACUGGAGAACGCCAACGAGUCGAGACGUCUGGAGGAGCUCAGCUCUGCGAUCAGCAGGAUUCAGCCAGCAGGACUAGUAGAGCGAAUUCAGGCCAUCGCCCAAAAUGUGUCCAACAUGGCGGUGCGAGUGGAGCAGAUUCUCCAGAACAGCAUGGCAGUGUCAAGAGUAAUGAGGGAUGGAACGUCAAGUCAGUGUGAAGUUCCUCGAGACCCGCGCUAUCCGGACUGCUCUAGCAAAGUUGACUGGAUGAGGGCGCGGUGGACAUCGGACCCCUGCUAUGCCUUCUACGGAGUCGACGGUUCGGAUUGCUCCUUCCUCAUUUACCUUAGUGAGGUGGAGUGGUUCUGCCCCCCGCUGGCCUGGAGGAACUACAGCACAACACCUGCAGUGGUGAAAAGCUCAGCUAAAAGACAAGCAGCUUUCCGGACGGACCUCACCGCUCUGUUGGAUCAGGUCGGAACCGGGAAAGAGUCUUUGAGCUUCAUGAAGCGACGGAUCCGCAGGUUGGCUGCUCAGUGGGCUACAGCUGCCCAGAGACUCGACCUGAAGCUCCACAGACGAUGGAGAGAGCAGAAGAAGAUCCUGGUGCACGUGGGUUUCCUGACGGAGGAAUCGGGUGACGUUUUCAGUCCGAAGGUUCUAAAAGGUGGUCCUCUUGGCGAGAUGGUGCAGUGGGCUGACAUCCUCACAACUCUUUAUGUGCUCGGACACAACCUGAAGAUCUCCGUCUCAGUCAAGGAGCUCCAGGGGUUCCUCGGAGUACCACCUGGACGAGGAAGUUGCCCCCUUACAGGACCUUUGCCCUUCGAUCUCAUCUACACUGACUACCACGGCUUACAGCAGAUGAAGCAGCACAUGGGGCUGUCCUUAAAGAAACACAAGUGCCACAUCCGAGUCAUUGACACGUUUGGGACGGAGCCGGUGUAUAACCACGAGGAAUACGCAACGUUACACGGCUACAGGACAAACUGGGGAUACUGGAACCUCAACACCAGGCAAUACAUGACCAUGUUCCCACACACCCCAGAUAACUCCUUCAUGGGCUUCGUAUCGGAGGAGCUGAACAAGACGGAGAAACACAAAAUCCAGCAAAACAAAGUGAAGAACAUGGCAGUGGUGUAUGGCAAGGAGGCCAGCAUGUGGAAGCUACAGGGUAAAGAGAAGUUUCUUGAGAUCCUACAUCGCUAUAUGGAAGUCCAUGGGACGGUGUACUAUGAGACACAGCGCCCCCCGGAGGUCCCUGCUUUUGUUAAAAAUCAUGGUUUGCUGCCUCAACAGGACCUGCAGCAGCUUUUACGCAAGGCCAAGCUCUUUAUCGGCUUUGGGUUCCCUUAUGAAGGCCCCGCCCCUUUAGAAGCGAUAGCCAACGGAUGCAUUUAUCUGCAGCCAAAGUUUCGUCCUCCACACAGCUCUCUCAAUCACGAGUUCUUCAGAGGGAAGCCGACAUCCAGAGAGGUCUCGUCUCAGCACCCAUACGCCGAGCAGUAUAUAGGCCGACCUCAUGUCAUGACCGUUGACUACAACAACUCUGAGGAGUUUGAAACGGCUGUGCGUGAGAUCAUGAGGAUAAAGGUGGAUCUUUUGCCAUAUGAGUACACGUGUGAGGGAAUGCUUGAGAGAGUGCAUGCUUACAUACAGAAUCAGGAAUUUUGUGCUUCGGAGACCCCGUUCCCCCCCGUAAAUGUGUCUGUGGUUUGGCCCAGGGGCAUGUUCAUGCAAGUGGGAGAGUCGGGGCAGGUCUCAUGGGCAGAGAACUCCACAGCGCCCCCCUGCUGGCCUCCUCUCAGUGCUCUGAGAUUUCGCAUGUCAGCCGAGGGCCAGUCAUGUGUGGAUGCCUGCAGGAGCUCGGACCUGGUGUGUGAACCAGCUUUCUUCCGCUACAUCAAUAACAAGGAGGCACUGAGCAAGUUGCAGGUGCAGUGCGACGUGGUGGAGUUCGAGAUGAAUCACGUUUUCCCGGCGUUCUCAGCCACGGCACGUGAAUGCGGUUUGCAGAAGGAGCCCCUGCUGUUCAGCUGCGCCGGAUUUGCCAACAAGUACCGCCGUGUGUGUCCGUGCAGGGAUUUCCGGAAAGGACAAGUAGCUCUAUGUCACGACUGCUUAUGAUGGAUUUCUCCUCAAUUCCUCGAUUUCCUCCUCGUGCUCAGCGGGAAAAGAAAUCUGCAGAUUUGGAACAGCGAUUCCUGGCCAGACUUCAGCCUCGAUUGUCCCCCAGGGUAACAAAGUUCCACAGGACAAAAUAAAAGUUAUUCUGAUUCCUUUCCAAACUUGUGAAGGAAAUACGGUUGGGCAAUUGGGUCUUGUAUCAUGUGUUUAGUUCCUGAGGGGGAUCUGGCAACCCUGACGACUUCAUACAGGGCGAACGAACACGAACACAAACUUCCACCUGCAUACAACAGACUUGUGCAAAAGAUUGUUUUGUAAUGGGACUGAAAUAUUUAAAUGUAGACUGUGAAUUUUUAUCACCAGUUUGUGAUGUAACUUAUACAACUAAUAAAACAAAGACACCGA